AUGUGUUUCUUUGCCUUAGACACCAGCUUGACGUGUGAGAAUGGGGUCACUACACUCAGCUGUGGAAACGGUAAAAUAAUAAUCCACAGCGCUAAAUAUGGCAGGACUGACUCCACCACGUGCUCUUAUCAACGGAGCCCAUCGGAGCUUUCCAACACCAAGUGUAACACGUGUAGCCCUUACCCCAAACUGGUUGCUAUGUGUCAAGGUCAGAGCAAUUGCUCAGUGCAGGCAUCAAGCAACAUUUUCUCAGACCCCUGUGAUGGCACCUACAAGUACCUGAACAUCUCCUAUUCCUGCAUCUGUCCAGGGAUCCAAACAAGUGUGACCUGCGAAUCACUGCAAAGAGAGUUGACCUGUGGGCAAAGUAAUAUAUCAAUAAUCAGUGCUAACUAUGGCAGGACCAACUCCACUACAUGCUCAGCUGGACGACCCGCAAAUGAGGUUGCAAAUACUAACUGCUAUGCAUCCAGCUCUCUCUCCACUGUGAUCACAUGGUGUCAAGGUCACAAAAGCUGUGUAGUAAAGGCUUCAGCGAGUACCUUCACAGAUCCUUGUCAAGGAACCUUCAAGUACCUGAAUGUCACCUAUGUCUGUGUUAACUAAUGCUCGGGAAAAUCACUGUUCAG